AUGGCAACAGAAAAAGAUUUCCUCCAAGUUGACUGGAAUAGAGACAGUUUAGGGGACAAAGAGGAAGACAAAACAGUGGGGCAGAAGCCAUUCUCGAACCUUAGAAACCAUGAGGCUCACAGUUCACCAUGUGGUUUUACAACACCACUUGAUGUAACUGGUGAUGCCGGUAUCAAUUUAACUGAUGUCUGCACCAACAGAGAGACUCUUGGACCCUUGGAAUUUCCAAACAGCGAACUCCAACAUUGUCAGGUGACACGGUAUUUCUUCAGUGGCUGGUCUCUGUGGAGAAUAUUCCUGGUUUGUCUCUUAGCUUGUGUGAUAACAACAGCAAUUGGAGUACUCAUAGUGUGUUUAGUGUAUAAUGGGAAAAAUAAUAAUGCUUCCAUUGUUAUCCAACUUCCUGAAAGCCAUGGGACAACCUCAUCAACAACUGCAACAACCUCAUCUGCUAGUUCUGAAACUACGCUUGCUGCCACAAUAGAGUCUGCCACAACAUCCAUCUCCACCCCCAUUACUACAAACACUGCUAGCACUUCAACAGAAAAUACCAGUGUAACACCGAUGGAAUCAACAAAAAGUACAGUAGCAGCAGCCAUCACUUCAUCUGAACCAACUACAACAAACACGGGUAGCAUGACCACCAGGGCCACAACCAUGAAAACCACUGCUGCUCCUCCCAUUUCUACUGAACCUACAACUACCACAGUUCCCACCAGUUCAAUUGUGCCAACUACCACAACAACUGCCAGCACUACCCCUGAGGCUUCAACCACAAGUGCCGCCACCACUGCUUCCCCCACUUCUUCUGAACCUACAGCCACUACAGUUGCCACCACUUCAACUGUGUCAGCUACAACAGCUGCUAGCACUACCCCUGAGGCUACAACUGCAACAGCUACCACCACUGCUUCUCCCACUUCUUCUGAACCUACAGCCACCACAGUUGCUACUACUUCAACUGCACCAGUGACCACAGCUGUUAGCACUACCCCUGAAGCUACAACCACAACAGCCACCACUACUGCUUCCCCGACUCCUACACAACCUACUACCACUACACUUGCCACUACUUCAACUGCACCAGCCACCACAACUGUUAGCACUACCCCUGAAGCUACAACUGCAGCAGUCACCACCACUGCUUCUCCCACUUCUACCCAACCUACCACAACCACAGUUGCCACCACAUCAGCUCUGCCAACCACCCCAAUAACUGCCAGCACUACCCCCGAGGCUACAACUGCAAUAGCCACCACCACUGCUUCUCCUACUUCUCCUGAACCUUCAGCCACCACAGUUGCCACUACUUCAAGUGCACCAGCCACCACAACUGUUAGCACUACCCCUGAGGCUACAACCGCAACAGCCAGCACUAUUGCUUCUGCACCUAUGACCACCAGUUUACCUGACCUAUAACCAUUGUUGUUACUACUUCACCUGCACCCAGUACCACAACAACCACCAGCAGUACCUCUGAGGCUACAACUGCAGCAUCUAUCACUACAGUUUCUCCCAAUUCUACCUAAACUAUUACCACCAUAGUUGCCACCACUUCCAGUAUUUCAGCUACCACAACAACCACCAGCUGCAACUGCAACAGCUUACCACUACUGCUUCUCCCACUUCUACUGAACCCCCAACUACCAAAGUUCCUACCACUUCGAUUGCACCAACUACCAUAACAUUUAGGACCAUUCUGUAACCUGAACCUACCACUGUAACUCAAGUGUUUUUUCUCAAUCGAAGUCAAUUGUAAAUACCCUUUGAAUUGUAUUCAUCGCCACGGCUAUCUGGUUCAAUUUAACUGAAUCUGUGACCAUGAUUACUUUUUUGAAUCUACUAUUACUGUAUUAUAAUACAAGUUCAAGCCCUUCUGUUCCACAGUGGUAACCCCUCUCUCUCAACUGAAGCUCCAACUAUAUAAAACAUUCAACAACUUGGCCUCAAUUAUGAAAUUUUUCAUUUUAAAUGCACCUAUAGAAUUAGGUUAACACUGUCUCCAGACACUACUACCUUCUUUUCCACUGAAUUUGCACUACUGCAAUACCUACCUUCAUUUCAGUGAAUGAAUCUAGUCCAUAUUUUGGCAUAAUAUACCCAUCAUCUUCAACUCAUUUUGUCACCUCCUAAAGUAAAAAUAAAGUCAACAAAGAUGCUACCAACUCACCUGACUUUUAUGCACAAUACCAUCAUGACCUCAACUGAAAUUAUCUUCAAAAUCUUGUAAUAGAAACAACAAUACCUGUUAAUAGGAAAUUCAAACAUAGCUAAGUGAUUUACUGUCUCAAUAUAGUUAGCAAUUUCACUUCCUCUUCAGAUGAAUCCAUAGCCACAACGACAUUGCAUCAACAAUAUAUGUUAACACUUAACUUCUAUGGAGACUUUGUGAUAGGGACCACCACAUCAUUUAAUCCUAUACUCUCUCUACCAUUUCUACAACACCACCAUUUCUACUGUACAAACUACCACACCUACAGACCUCACCAAAUCCUCCAAUACUGAAUCUAUAAGCUCUGUGACUUUUACUGUAUGUUAUUCAAAGCUAUCCAUUACUUUGUCACCUGACUCUAUGCUUCCUCUGUUUAUGGUAUAUCCAGUACGUCACUACGUAACACACACUCAACAGAAAUGGGAAGUUCAUAAUGAUCCCUUCCAUUGGAACUACAGUUAGGAUGCUUGCAAAUUAAAUCCUAAUAUUCAUUCUCAUGACUCCCACCCCAGAAACUAUACCUUCUAUUUAUACCAUAGGUGAUUUCAAUUUCAGUAACUAUGAGCAUAUAACUAAACAAUUACCAAAAUCACUUCUAAAACAAGAUUAUCUAAUAUCUAUUUCAGUUGUCAUGAAAAUGAUAAUUUCAUCCCCAAACAAUAUUUAGAUUUAACACAACUGUAUAUUAGACCUGAUCAUUUAAUGUGGAUAGUCUCUACUU